GUCAAUGGUUUUGGGGUAAAAAGAAGAAAAAAUCCCGUAGGAGUUUUGACAUAUGGAAAUUUGGGUGGUACCCAUAAUGUUUCAAGAAAACCUUGGACUCGGAAAUCUAAUUCGUCCCUUGCAGCUACCAUCCCUACACAGGAAGCUGAGCUUCAUGGAACAUCACUCAUGAACGAAGAAUGUUCAGGUAACAUCCCACAUGCUCUAGAGGAAACUGAAUCUCCAUCAUCUUCACCAGCAAAGGAAAGUGAGCUUCGAUCACCUUCACCACCAAUCGUGGAAAGUUCACUCAUGGACCAUGAUGAUUUUCACAGUGCUUUAGAGCAGAAUGUUUUACAAGAAUUCAACAACGUUCACUUCACGUCCAAAAACUUAACGCAGAAACCAAUGUGUAAAGAAACUGCUUUUGAAUCAUGGAAAUCCAAACAAGAAAUCGUUUAUGGAUCUCUAGUGGAUUCAUACACAGCAAACCAGAAUCUUUGUGGCCUUUGCAAGGCAAUUUCUGGAUAUGGAAUCAUCAAAUGUAAGGACUGUUGCAAUUACCUCUGUUUUAGUUGUGACAGAAAGCGGCAUUCGUACGAUCCAUCCCAUCAAAGGAUGUAUUUUAAGACAGAUUCAUCUUUCAAAUCAUUGCUUCCUACUGAAUUUAUCACUUCUCGUGGAGAAGUCGUCGAGCAACGGGUUCAUGUGCCGCUUUUUCCUCCCCCGAUUUGCACCGAAUGUGAUAGCCGGGAAACAAGUUGCCUCAUCGCAAGCUCAAAUCAUGCUACGUAGUCACCAGAAAAGGUAUCAAAGUUAAUUGGCUUAAAUUUCUUCUAUAACGCGGAUAAUUUUCUCUAAAAAUUAUUUCAAUACAUAGGUAGAUUGGACUUAAACUUACCAGUGUUCCAUUGCCAAAACUGCGAAAAGUCAACUUUCCCUACCGUAGAAGAUUACAUUUCAUCCGGAUUUUGGCCUGGGACGCCAGAGCGAUUUACCGUCUUGUUUCAUCAGGAUGUUUUGGAAUUCUGGCAUCAUCUCAGGCUUCUGACGAAGAAUGUUGUGUCUAUCAUGUUACGUGUAGUUUUUUUUCCAUCGCUACAAAGAAUAAAACAAUUUGAACCGA